CGCCGGCGCUGCCCGCCUCCCCUUCGCCCGCAGCCUUGACCCCGCCUGCCCAGCCCAGCCAUGGCAGCCUCGCUGAGCCGCCCCUGCUUCAUCUCCCUCCACCUGCCCUACAGGCAGGGCUGGGGCCAGCACCUGGCCAGCACCUUUCGCUUCCAGCCAGUGGCCGUGCGGGAGACGCCGCGUGUCCGGCAGGUGGCCUUGCAACGAGAAUCUGCCAUCUUCCUCGUCAACGAGCGCCUGGCACCUGCCAGCACCUCAUCCCAUGAUUUUCUCUAUGACAUAGAUCCCCAGCCCACCCUGGGCACGGCCUCCAAUGUCUGCUUCGAGGUGGAUGAUGUGCCGGGGCUCUGCAAGCGGCUGCAGAGCCAGGGAUGCUCCUUGCUGGUGCCUCCCACUGAGCUGAGGGAUGACGCUGGUUCUGUCACCUACGGGGUGGUGAGCUCUGUCGUGGGCAACAUCAGCCACACCCUUUUGGACCGAUCCUGUUACCAGGGGCUCUUCCUGCCUGGCUUCCAGCCCAUCCAAGGAGCCCCCUCAGCCACAGGGGAUGGGAUCAAGAUCACUCACUUUGACCACAUCACAUAUGUCUGCCCCCGGGGCGGGGCCCGGGCGGCUCUGGACUGGUACCAGCGCUGCUUCGGCUUCCAGCGCUUCCUGCUGAACCCCCGGGAAAGGCCGGCUGAGGGGUAUGUGCUGGGGGGACAGGGGGUGGGCAUGCUGCUCCUCGCACUGCAGAGCGCCCAGGGCACCCCAGGACAUGGCUGCAAGCUGGUCUUUGCCGAGUCUCUCUCCCAGAAUGGCACCAACCAGGUCGACACGUUCCUGGAGCAGCACGGCGGGGCUGGGAUCCAGCACGUCGGCCUCUGCACCACGGACAUUGUCAGCACGACCAGGGCUCUGCAGCAGCGGGGAGCACGGUUCUUCACACCCCCCACCACCUAUUACAGCCAGGGGGGCAAAGCAGAGGAGAUCCGAGGAGCUGGGCAGGACCCCCACAUGCUGGCAGAGCUUGGCAUCCUCCUGGACACCACAGUGCCUGGGGACAAGGGUCAGCCGGGCACUGAUGCCACAGAGAGCCCCUCCCAGGAAUAUCUGAUGCAGAUCUUCACCCAUCCCAUCUUCUCCGAGGAGACCUUCUUCCUGGAGCUCAUUGACCGUCGGGGAGCGCCCGGCUUCGGGGAAGGCAAUAUCCGGGCGCUCUGGAAAGCUGUGCAGGUCUACAUGGACCAGCAGCAGUAGUGCAACACUGCAGUCCUCCUCCCUCAGCUCCCCAUCUGCUCCACUCCAACCCUGGGGCAAGGACCAUAAAGAUCCCAUCCCUGGCAUGGCCCAGGCGGGCAGGGACCAAGGAUCCACAUCAAUCCAGAGCCAACUCAGCGUGGGAGCGAGAUGCUCAGGGCCAAGUCCAGCAGGGGUGUGAGCAUGGCCCAGGAUGGGUGCAUUUCUCCCCAGUGAUUUAUCGACCACAUGUAAAGAACUUUCUGCCUUAUUUUCAGCUUAAUUUAUUAAGACUUGAGCCUGGAGCAUGGCCAAGAGUGUGCUGGCACAGAAACACCCCCAGACGCAGAGAGAUGAGGGGCUGCCCAAGGGGAGUGGAUAAUCCAGAGGCCGUGGAUUAUGGGCCACUUACUGGCAGUUACCACCCACAGCAUGACCAGCCCUGGGGGCGAGUGGUGGCCUCUUCCUCCUCUCAAUUAAAGAAUUAACUUACAGGCA